GCCGACCCAGCCGUCCCUGCCUGCGGAGACGCUCAAGGAGAUGCAGCAAAAACUGAAGGAGGAGCGUGAAGCGAAGCGUGCUCAGCUGGAUGGAAGACAUGACUAUAUCCUCAGUAUUGUGGCAUCAUGCCUGGGACUGGAGAAGGCUGAUGUGGAAGAUGCCAUACUGGAGGGUAGUCAGAUUGACCGCAUGGAGCAAUUCUUCGCUGUAAAUGGUCUUCCACAUCUCAUGUUGUUCUAUCAAGACACUGAGCCAGCUGAAGAAGGAGCAGUUGCAGCCCGUGCAUCCACUCAGCUUGGUUCUCAGCCACAUGGUCACAGAGGAAGGUGGAAGGUGUUUGUAACGGACGGGAAGGAUGUGGCAUUGACAGGAGUGUGUGUCUUCUUCACCAGAAGCAACACUUUAAAAGCAAUAACGUCUGAGAAUAUACACCGAGAUGUGAAUUUCAAUAUGUUGGACACGACAGAAGUGGGUCUGUUAAAAAGCGUUGAGCAGUUGGUCUCGGAGAUCUUUAUCCCGACAAUAAAGAAGAUGGACCAUGGUUGGGGAGAGCUGGCUAGUCCCCAGGCCCAGGCUGUAAAGCAGGAGUUCAUAUGCUCACUUGAAAACUUUGGGUCAGUUCUGACUGGAGCACAGGAGAGUCUACAAGAAAAGGUUACUUUAAAAGAGUGUGACACUUUUGACUUGCGGAUGCUGAAAGGCCCAGCAGACUAUCUGGCAGCCGCCAACAGCACAGAAACAACAGAAAAGAUAGAGGCCUGUAUGAAAGUCUGGCUCAAACAGAUAGAACAGGUUCUAGCUGAGAGUGACCAGCUUAGAAAGGAGGCAGAUGACCUUGGUCCUCGUGCUGAGCUGGAUCACUGGAAGAAACGGAUGUGUCGCUUCAACUAUCUUGUUGAUCAGCUAAAAAACCCUGAUGUGAGAGCUGUACUGGGUGUGCUCUUGAUGGCCAAAUCUAAGAUCAUUAAGCGUUGGCGGGAACUAGAUGCAAGGAUCACUGAUGCCGCUAAUGAGGCCAAAGACAAUGUCAAGUACCUCUACAGCAUGGAGAAAUUCUGUGAUCCUCUCUACAACAGUGACCCUGUGUCCAUGGUGGCCGCAAUCCCAGGUUUGAUCAAUGCCAUCAGGAUGAUUCUCACUAUUUCUCGCUAUUACAACUCAUCAGAAAAAAUAACAUCACUUUUUGUUAAGGUGACGAACCAGAUGAUCACUGCUUGCAAGGCCUACAUCACCAAUAACGGCUCAGAUACAAUAUGGGAUCAGCCUCAGCAAGUUGUCAUUGACAAACUUAAAGCUUCCAUUCGCCUUAAUCAGGAGUACCAGCGGUGUUUCCAUAAAACCAAGGAGAAGCUGGAACAAACUACCUCGGCGCGACAGUUUGACUUCAGUGAGAUGUACAUAUUUGGGAAGUUUGAUUCAUUUCAACGACGUCUAAUUAAGAUUCUGGAAAUGUUUAGUACCAUUUCCACAUACUCAGCACUGCAGGACUCGAAGAUUGAAGCACUAGAAACCAUUGCUACCAGGUUUCAAACUGCAGAAAUGCAAGCAAAAUGGGAGGCUGUUGUGCAGAAGAUGAAAAUAAAACCCUACAGUUUCCUAGCCCAUAAAAGAACUGACUUUGAUGUUGACUAUGAGGAAUUCUGCAAAAGCACCUCUGAGAUCCAUGAGCAGCUGAAGAAUUUCAUGGACAGAACGUUUGAAACGAUUAAAAAUACAGAAAGAGCUUUAAAUGUGCUAAAGAAAUUUGAAAGACUUGGCAUCCCUGAUCUUGGCACUAAUGCCAAGUAUCAGCACAUUCUACAGAAUUAUGACCGGGACAUUGAAAUGAUUUCCCAAAUCUACAUGACGCAGAAAUUGCACCCCCCCACUGGCAAGAACAUGCCUCCAGUGGCGGGUCGGAUCAUGUGGGUCCGGCAGCUGUAUAACCGUAUCCAGGGUCCUAUGGAUCUCUUUCAACAGCAACCAGGUGUUCUUUCAGCACCAGAGGCGAAGAGGACAAUCAAAAACUUUAACAGGACAGCAAGGAUCCUGUUGGAAUAUGAGAUUCUCCACCAUAAGAACUGGAUGACAAAGAUGGAGCAUGUCAGGGUGGGGCUGCACUCCUCUCUGUUGGUCAGGUCUACAAAGACAGAAGAGCUGUACGUGAACUUUGACCCAGAGAUUCUGACCCAGAUCAGGGAGGUGAACUGCAUGACAACGAUGAAGUUGGAUAUCCCCCCUUUUGCUGCUUUGUUGCAGCAGACACAGCACACCCUCAAGGAAAACUACAACAAAUUACAGCUAAUAUUGAGCGAGAACACAAGAGUAAGGGCCAAGAUUCAGACUGCUUUUCAACAGCUGCUUAUCCCACACGUUGCUAAGGUGGAUGAGGUGAUUCAACCAGGACUGACCUCCCUCAGCUGGACAUCUCUGAAUAUAGACAUGUAUUUCAGCCACAUUGAGAAAGCAUUGGUUAACCUCGAGCUGUUGAUUGACAGAGUGAAUGACUUGGUGGAAUUUAGGAUAGAUGCAGUACUGCAGGAGAUGAGUACAUCCACACUGUGUGUUCUGCCAGAGGACGAGCCGGUCACCUGCGAAGAGUUUAUUCAAACCACAAGAGACCUGUGUAUAAAGCAAGCACAGAGUCUGAAUAUGAAGAGUUCACUAGUGGAGGAGGCCGCCAAUGAACUGAUUAACAUGCUGAUGGAUUUUGACCAUAAUCAGAAAGAGGAAGAGGAGAAGUUGAAGGAAGAAAGCAACACUCAGAGCAAGACCAUAGACAAUCUUGAAAGUGAAGAUGUGCCCCGUUCAGAAGGCUCUCUCUUCUUCAGAGACACAUUGCUCCCUCCUUCUAGCGUUGGUCCUUCUUCUCCCUUGGUGAGAAGGAAAAAGAAGAGGGAUCUGAUGGAAGUGAUGAAGGAGGAAGCCCAGGAGCUGCUCUCCUAUUUUAACCAUCGCAAUGUGGAUGCCUUGCUCAGAGUGACACGCAAUACCCUAGAGAUGCUGCGCAAGCGCAUAAGUACCUCCUCGCUCAACCAUUUCUUAGAUAACAGCGGCUCACCCAGCAGUGGGAAAAGCAGUGGUCAGCAGGCAAUCUUCAGAGUCAGUGUGACUCUCUGUAUACCUAACAUUGAGAUGGUUCCAUCUGUGGAGGACGUCCAGCAGGCUCUAAACCAGGUUGUGGAGUGUGUGCUUAGUGUCAGCAAAGGAGUGAGCCAGUGGAGUACAGAGAGGAUCUCUAAGAGAAAAAUGAACGAAAGGCGGAUGGCAGCUCUGAAAAAAGACAGUUCUGAAAGUGAAUCAGAGGAUGGAGCAACAACACACAGGAGCUUGGCUGAAGGCAGCACCUCAGAAAUUGCAGCAUCUGUGAUCCAAGCCAUCUCCUUCCAAACAAGGAAUUACCACAAGAGUGUGUCUGAGAACAAGGAGAUAGUCAAGUUGGUAUCUGUUCUCAGCAAUGCCAUCACCUCUUCCAAAAAGGAGGUGUCAACUGCUCUAGAUCGUCUCAGUCGCUACCAUCACAUCUGGAGAAAUGACCGUGAAGACACAAUGCAGAGAUUCAUCCAGGGAAACCACCUGUUAUCAGAGUUUGAAAGCCAGAUUCUUUUCUACCGAGACCUGGAGAUGGAAAUAAUCUCAGAACCAGAGUACAUUACUGUUGGAGCCUUGGCUCUGUUCACAGCGUGCCUAAAGAUGUCCCUCACUGCUGAAACUAAGAGUUGGAUGGUGGAGUAUGGACUUUGCUGUAAUAAGAAAUACUGUUCAGAGAUGGAGCAGAUUUUUGCCUUUGUUGAUGAAGCGGGAAAGAAACUGAAUCGACAGAUCAAAGACCUGGAUGACAUUCGCAUUGCCAUGGCUGCAGUCAAAGAGAUCAGAGAGCACCAGAUAUCUAUUGAUUUUAAAGUUGGGCCAUUGGAGGAGUCCUAUGCUAUGCUUCAUAAAUAUGAGCUUCCAGUGCCCAAAGAAGAAGUGGAUAAAGUGGAUACUCUGCGUUACACUUGGGAAAAGCUCCUGUCUCGGACUACUGAAGUACAGAAUGAGUUGGUCUCCUUGCAACCGAAAUUCAGAGAAGAUCUAGUUAACAAUGUGGAGACCUUCCAGGAGGACUGCCAUCACUUUUACCAGGAUUAUGAGACGGACGGGCCUAUGGCGGUGGGUCUUCCUCCGCAAGAUGCCAGUGACCGACUGAUCAUGUUCCAGAAUCGAUUUGAUAAUCUGUUCAGGAAGUACAUCACUUUCACUGGUGGAGAAGAGCUGUUUGGACUACCUGUUACCCAGCACCCUCAGCUGUUGGACAUCCGGAAGCAGCUGACGCUGCUGCAGAAGUUGUAUGGACUUUACAACAAUGUCAUCGAAACAGUCAAUGGUUACUAUGACAUCCUAUGGGCAGACAUCCACAUUGAGAAGAUCAAUAAUGAGCUGCUUGACUUUCAGACAAGAUGUCGCAAGCUGCCCCGUGCUCUAAAGGAGUGGCAGGCCUUCCUAGACCUGAAGAAAACUGUUGAUGAAUUCAGUGAAUGUGUCCCCCUGUUGGAACUCAUGACCAACAAAGCAAUGAUGACACGGCACUGGAAGAGAAUUACCGAGGUGACUGGACAUACUUUUGACGUGGAGUCUGAAACAUUCAAGCUACGCAACAUCAUGGAGGCUCCACUUCUUAAGUAUAAAGAAGAGAUUGAGGAUAUCUGCAUCAGUGCCGUCAAGGAACGAGAUAUUGAGCAGAAGCUGAAGCAAGUGAUCGCCGAGUGGGAUAACAAGACUUUUACAUUUGCCAGCUUCAAGAAUCGUGGAGAGCUGCUGCUGAGAGGGGACAGCACAUCAGAGGUCAUUGCCAGCAUGGAGGAUAGUCUGAUGAUUCUAGGGUCCCUUAUGAGCAACAGGUACAACACGCCGUUCAAAACCCAGAUUCAAAAAUGGGUUCAGCACCUUUCCAACACCACUGACAUCAUUGAACACUGGAUGACUGUCCAGAACCUCUGGAUUUAUCUGGAGGCGGUGUUUGUGGGUGGAGACAUUGCCAAACAGCUGCCCAAGGAAGCAAAACGUUUCUCAAACAUCGAUAAAUCCUGGGUGAAGAUCAUGAUGCGUGCUCACGAAAUGCCCAAUGUGGUACAGUCGUGUGUGGGAGAUGAAACCAUGGGACAGUUGCUUCCUCACCUGCUUGAACAGCUGGAGAUCUGUCAAAAGUCCCUAACUGGCUAUUUGGAGAAGAAGCGUCUGCUGUUCCCACGUUUUUUCUUUGUCUCUGACCCUGCCCUGCUGGAGAUCCUGGGCCAGGCCUCAGACUCUCACACCAUCCAGGCACACCUUCUCAAUGUCUUUGAUAACAUCAAAUGUGUUCGAUUCCAUGAUAAGAUAUAUGACCGUAUUCUGGCUGUUACAUCGCGGGAAGGAGAGACUGUGGAGCUGGAGCGUCAUGUCACAGCAGAAGGCAACGUGGAGGUGUGGCUGAAUGCACUGCUGAAAGAGUCACAGCGGUCUUUGCAUAUGGUGAUCCGACAGGCUGCUCUGGCCAUACAGGAGCCCAGCUUCCACAUCAUUGAUUUUAUCAACUCCUACCCUUCUCAAGUGGGCUUGCUUGGUAUCCAGAUGAUAUGGACAAGGGACUCUGAGGAAGCCCUAACAAAUGCCCGACACGACCGCCGCAUCAUGACCAAAACCAAUCAGCACUUUCUGGAUCUGCUCAAUACACUGAUUGAUAUGACCACCAGAGAUCUCGAGGCCAUGGAGAGGACCAAAUACGAGACCCUCAUCACGAUUCAUGUCCACCAGAGGGACAUAUUUGAUGAUCUGUGCCGGCUGCAUGUCAAAAGCCCCAGUGACUUUGAGUGGCUGAAGCAGUGCCGUUUCUACUUCAAUGAGGACUUGGACAAGAUGAUCAUCAACAUCACAGAUGUGGGCUUUGUUUACCAGAAUGAAUUCUUGGGCUGCACAGAAAGACUAGUCAUUACACCUUUGACUGACAGAUGUUAUAUCACCUUGGCGCAGGCUCUUGGUAUGAGUAUGGGUGGAGCCCCUGCUGGUCCCGCCGGGACAGGAAAGACUGAGACGAUAAAGGACAUGGGUCGCUGUCUGGGAAAGUAUGUUGUGGUUUUCAACUGUUCUGACCAGAUGGACUUCAGAGGCUUGGGAAGAAUAUUCAAAGGUCUGGCUCAGUCUGGUUCGUGGGGCUGUUUUGAUGAGUUCAAUCGCAUCAACCUUCCAGUUCUAUCGGUGGCGGCCCAACAGAUUUCAAUAGUUCUGACCUGCAAGAAGGAACGUCGUAAAAACUUUGUCUUCACCGAUGGGGAAAAUGUUGAGAUGAAUCCAGAGUUUGGCAUCUUCCUUACAAUGAACCCAGGUUAUGCAGGCCGCCAGGAACUUCCUGAAAACCUUAAGAUCAACUUCCGCUCUGUAGCCAUGAUGGUUCCUGAUCGUCAGAUAAUUAUUAGAGUAAAACUGGCCAGCUGUGGGUUUAUAGACAACAUGGAGCUGGCACGCAAGUUCUUCACUCUGUAUAAGCUGUGUGAGGAGCAACUGUCUAAACAGGUUCACUAUGACUUUGGCUUGCGCAACAUCCUGUCAGUUCUACGAACUCUGGGAGCGGCCAAGCGAUCCAACCCCACUGACACAGAGUCCACCAUCGUCAUGAGAGUACUGAGGGACAUGAAUCUUUCCAAACUGAUCGACGAGGAUGAGCCGCUCUUUCUGAGCUUGAUCGAGGACCUCUUCCCAGGGAUCCAACUCGACAAAGAGGGUUACCCUGAACUGGAGGCUGCCAUCGACAAACAGGUGGAGGAAGCAGGUCUGAUCAGCCACCCUCCCUGGAAGCUGAAGAUCAUCCAGUUAUUUGAGACCCAGAAAGUUCGACAUGGCAUGAUGGCUCUGGGGCCGAGUGGGGCUGGAAAGACGACGUGUAUCCACACACUGAUGAGGGCCAUGACAGAGUGUGGUCAUCCCCACAGAGAGAUGCGCAUGAACCCCAAAGCCAUCACAGCACCCCAGAUGUUUGGUCGAUUGGAUGUAGCCACAAACGACUGGACUGAUGGCAUCUUCUCUACACUUUGGAGGAAAACACUUAAAGCAAAGAAAGGAGAGCACAUCUGGAUAGUGCUAGAUGGACCUGUUGAUGCCAUCUGGAUUGAAAAUCUGAACUCAGUUUUGGACGACAACAGAACUCUGACGCUGGCAAAUGGAGACCGUAUACCAAUGGCUCCCAACUGUAAGGUGGUUUUUGAGCCACAUAAUAUUGACAACGCUUCCCCUGCCACAGUGUCACGUAAUGGCAUGGUGUUCAUGAGCUCCUCAGUGCUCAGCUGGAACCCUAUACUGGAGGGCUGGUUAAAGAAACGUUGCCCUCAGGAGGCAGAGGUACUGAGGCAGCUCUUCUCCUCCUUCUCUGAACUAUAUCGCUUCAGUAUGCAGUCCUUGGAGUUCAAGAUGGAUAUGCUGGAGGCCUUUGUCAUCAUGCAGUGCAUAAACAUGCUGCAGGGACUCAUUCCAACAAAGGAGCAGUGGGGGGAAUUAUCUAGAGAGCACCUGGAGCGACUGUAUGUCUUUGCCCUCAUGUGGAGUGUUGGUGCCUUGCUUGAGCUGGAUGACCGGAAGAAAAUGGAAUCCUGGUUUAGAGGAAAUGACAGCAUCUGUCUGAAUUUGCCAGAUAUUCCUCCUGACAGUGAGGGCACCAUGUUUGACUACUACGUCGCAGCAGAUGGUCGUUGGGCCCACUGGAGCUCUAGAGUCGAGGAAUAUGUCUAUCCAUCUGACGUCACCCCAGAGUACAGCUCCAUCUUGGUUCCCAACGUGGACAAUGUUAGAACAGACUUCUUAAUUCAGACAAUUGCGAAACAGGGCAAGGCUGUUUUGCUGAUUGGAGAGCAAGGAACAGCCAAGACCGUUAUCAUCAAGGGCUACAUGUCAAAGUAUGACCCGGAGACGCAACAGGGCAAAAGUCUCAACUUUUCCUCUGCUACUACACCACUCAUGUUCCAGAGGACAGUAGAAAGCUAUGUGGAUAAAAGGAUGGGGACAACCUAUGGGCCCCCUGCUGGGAAGAAAAUGUCAAUAUUUAUUGAUGACAUCAACAUGCCUGUCAUCAAUGAGUGGGGAGACCAGGUCACUAAUGAAAUUGUAAGGCAGCUGAUGGAGCAGAACGGCUUCUUCAACCUGGAGAAACCCGGAGAGUUCACCAAUAUAGUUGAUGUUCAGUUUCUGGCAGCCAUGAUUCAUCCAGGUGGGGGGCGUAAUGACAUUCCACAAAGACUGAAAAGGCAGUUUUCCAUCUUUAACUGCACCCUACCCUCCAAUGCCUCUAUGGAUAAGAUAUUUGGUGUUAUCGGUGAGGGCCACUUCUGUGCACACCGUGGUUUCACUGAGGACGUUCAGAGCACCAUGCCUCGGCUGGUAGCUCUGACCCGCCGGCUUUGGCAGCUGACCAAGCUCAAGAUGCUUCCAACGCCUGCAAAGUUCCACUACGUCUUCAAUCUGAGGGAUCUGUCCAGGGUCUGGCAAGGCAUGCUCAGCACAAGUGCAGAGGUGGUGGACUCUGUCCAAGUUUUGCUGAUGCUGUGGAAGCAUGAGUGCAAACGUGUGAUUGCUGAUAGAUUUACAAUGCCUGACGAUGUGGAGUGGUUUGAUCAGACUCUGGCAAAGUUGGUGGAAGAGGAGCUCGGGGAGGAGCGCAAGAAUAUAGUGGACUGUGGAGUGGAAAGAUAUUUUGUUGACUUCUUACGAGAUGCCCCUGAAGUCACAGGAGAAGAGCCAGAAAGCUCAGAUUUUGAUAUGCCCAAGGUGUACGAGCCUAUUGAAUCAUUUGAGAGCUUAAAGGACCGUCUGAACAUGUUCUUGUGCCACUACAACGAAAGCAUCAGGGGAACUGGCAUGGACAUGGUCUUCUUUCAGGACGCAAUGAUCCAUCUGAUUAAGGUGUCAAGGAUAAUCCGGACACCUGGAGGUAAUGCCCUGUUGGUGGGUGUCGGGGGAUCUGGAAAACAGAGCCUAACCAGACUGGCUUCGUUCAUAGCUGGAUACAAGAUCUUCCAAAUUACUCUAACACGUUCAUACAAUACAACCAACCUGAUGGAUGACCUGAAAGGUUUGUACAGAACAGCCGGCCAGCAGGGAAAAGGCGUCACCUUCAUCUUUACCGACAAUGAAAUCAGAGACGAGUCCUUCCUUGAGUAUAUGAACAACGUCCUGUCGUCAGGAGAGGUGUCCAACUUAUUUGCCCGGGAUGAGAUGGACGAGAUUCUCAGUGAUCUCAUCCCAGUAAUGAGGCGCGAGUUUCCCAGGCGACCACCGACCAAUGAAAACCUCUAUGAAUACUUCAUGUCUCGGGUCAGACACAAUCUCCAUGUUGUCCUGUGCUUUUCUCCAGUUGGGGAAAAGUUCCGCAAUCGUGCACUGAAGUUUCCAGCACUGAUAUCUGGUUGCACCAUGGACUGGUUCAGUCGCUGGCCAAAAGAUGCACUUGUUGCAGUUUCGGAGCACUUUCUAUCUGUUUAUGACAUAGACUGCUCGCCUCAGGUCAAAAGAGAAGUAGUCCAGUGUAUGGGUUCCUUCCAGGAUGGUGUUGCAGAAAAGUGUGUUGACUACUUCCAAAGGUACCGGCGCUCCACCCAUGUCACGCCCAAGUCCUACCUGUCCUUCAUUCAGGGUUACAAGUCCAUCUAUAAGGAGAAAAGGUCUGAGGUGCAAACUCUGGCCAACAGGAUGAACACGGGUUUACAAAAGCUGAAAGAGGCAUCAGAGUCUGUAGCAAGUCUCAGCAAAGAGCUGGAGGUCAAAGAGAAAGAGCUACAGGUUGCCAAUGACAAAGCAGACAUGGUGCUGAAGGAGGUGACAGUAAAAGCUCAGGCUGCAGAGGGGGUGAAGAUAGAGGUUCAGAAAGUAAAGGACAAGGCCCAGGCUAUAGUGGACAGCAUUUCAGCUGACAAGGCCAUCGCUGAGGAAAAGCUUGAAGCUGCCCGGCCAGCUCUUGAAGAGGCAGAAGCUGCACUGCAGACAAUCAAGCCAUCAGACAUUGCCACAGUGCGAACGCUUGGCCGACCUCCCCACCUUAUCAUGCGGAUCAUGGACUGUGUGCUGCUGCUCUUUCAGAGGCGGGUCAACCCUGUGAAGAUUGAUCCAGAGAAAAACUGCAUCACUACAUCCUGGCAGGAGUCCCUGAAACUCAUGACAGCUGGAAACUUCCUAGGCAGCUUGCAGCAAUUCCCCAAAGACACAAUUAAUGAAGAAAUGGUGGAGCUGCUGCAGCCUUAUUUUAAAAUGCCUGACUACAACAUUGAAACAGCCAAAAGGGUGUGUGGCAAUGUGGCUGGCCUUGCAUCUUGGACCAAAGCAAUGGCUACCUUUUUCUCCAUCAACAAGGAAGUCUUACCAUUGAAGGCUAAUCUAGCUGUGCAGGAAAAUCGUUUGGCCGACGCUAAUGUCGACCUUCAGAAAGCUCAGGCUGAACUGGAUGCCAAACAGACGGAGCUGGAUGUGGUUCAAGCUGAGUAUGAGAAGGCCAUGAUGGAGAAACAGACACUGCUAGAAGAUGCAGAGCGCUGCAGACGCAAGAUGCAGACAGCCUCCAGUCUUAUAAGUGGCCUUGCUGGUGAGAAAGAGAGAUGGACAGAACAGAGCAAAGAGUUUGCUGUCCAAACCAAACGUCUUGUUGGAGACGUUCUCUUGGCCACGGCAUUUCUCUCUUACUCUGGCCCCUUCAAUCAGGAGUUUCGUAAUCUCUUACUAAAUGACUGGCAACGAGACUUGACGCAGCGUUGCAUCCCGUUUGGCAAUAACCUCAAUCUGACUGAGCUGCUCAUUGAUGGGCCCACUGUUAGUGAAUGGAACCUCCAGGGGCUUCCCAAUGAUGACCUGUCCAUCCACAAUGGCAUCAUUGUGACCAAAGCAACCCGCUUCCCUCUCCUUAUUGACCCACAGACACAAGGAAAAAUCUGGAUCAAGAACAAAGAGGCUCGGAAUGAGUUGCAGAUCACCUCACUUAACCAUAAGUACUUCAAAAACCACCUUGAUGAUAGUUUGUCCCUUGGUCGCCCCUUAUUAAUUGAAGAUGUAGAGGAGGAGUUGGACCCUGCACUUGACAACAUCCUUGAGAAAAACUUUAUCAAAACUGGCUCCACUUACAAGGUGAAAGUUGGUGACAAAGAAGUCGAUGUGAUGAAGGGCUUCAGACUUUACAUGACCACCAAGCUCCCAAACCCAGCUUACACUCCUGAAAUCAGUGCUCGCACUUCCAUCAUUGAUUUUACCGUCACAAUCAAAGGACUUGAGGACCAACUUCUUGGAAGAGUCAUUCUCACCGAAAAACGGGAAAUGGAGAAAGAGAGGACAGACCUCUUGGAAGAUGUGACAUAUAAUAAGAGAAAGAUGAAGGAACUGGAGGACAACCUCCUGUAUAGACUGUCCAGCACACAGGGUUCACUGGUGGAUGAUGAGAGUUUAAUUCUCGUCCUUAACAACACAAAGCGCACAGCUGAGGAGGUCACUCAGAAACUGCAGAUUGCUGCAGAGACUGAGGUCCAGAUCAAUGCUGCCAGAGAGGAGUAUCGACCUGUGGCCACCAGGGGAAGCAUCCUGUACUUCUUGAUCACUGAGAUGAGUAUGGUCAACAUCAUGUAUCAAACUUCUCUCAGGCAGUUCCUGGGACUUUUUGACCUUUCCCUGGCUAGAUCCUCCAAAAGCCCCAUCACCAGCAAGCGCAUAGCCAGCAUCAUCGAGUUCAUGACCUACGAGGUGUAUAAGUAUGCAGCAAGGGGUCUGUAUGAAGAGCACAAGUUCCUGUUCACUUUGCUGCUAACGCUGAAGAUUGAUAUGCAGAGCAGCAAAGUCAAACAUGAGGAGUUUCACACGCUCAUUAAAGGGGGUGCAUCUCUGGACCUAAAGACCUGCCCUCAGAAACCGGCUAAGUGGAUUCUGGACAUGACCUGGCUCAACCUUGUGGCUCUCAGCAAGCUGUGGCAAUUUUCUGAUAUUCUGAAUCAGAUAAGUCGUAAUGAGAAGCAGUGGAAAUCCUGGUUCGAUAAGGAAGCUCCAGAGGAGGAGGUGCUCCCAAACUCAUACGACCAGGGUCUUGACUGUUUUAGGCGACUGCUCCUCAUACGCUGCUGGUGUCCUGACAGGACCAUUGCACAGGCUCGUAAAUACAUAACAGAUGCAAUGGGGGAAAAGUACACUGAAGGGGUGAUUCUUGACUUGGAGAGGAUGUGGGAAGAAUCCAACCCAAGAACGCCUCUUAUCUGCUUCUUGUCAAUGGGCUCUGAUCCUACGGACUCUAUUAUUGCUCUGGGGAAAAAGUUGAAGCUUGAAACCCGAUACGUAUCCAUGGGACAAGGACAAGAAGUGCACGCUCGCAAGCUUCUGCAGCAGACUAUGGCUAAUGGUGGGUGGGCCUUACUCCAGAACUGUCACCUCGGACUGGACUUCAUGGAUGAACUGAUGGACACGGUGACAGAAACAGAUUUUGUGAACAACACCUUCCGUGUGUGGAUGACCACAGAGGUCCACAGACACUUCCCCAUCACACUUCUGCAGAUGUCAAUCAAGUUCACCAAUGAACCACCACAGGGUCUCAAAGCAGGGCUUAAGAGGACGUAUGGAGGUAUAAACCAGGACCUUCUGGAUGUUAGUAACAUGGUCCAGUGGAAGCCGAUGCUGUACGCCGUUGCAUUUCUCCACAGCACAGUACAAGAGAGGAGAAAGUACGGCCCUCUGGGUUGGAACAUCCCUUACGAGUUCAACCAGGCCGACUUCAAUGCCACUGUCCAGUUCGUUCAGAACCACCUCGACGACACAGACAUCAAAAAGGGUGUGUCAUGGAACACUGUGCGAUACAUGAUCGGAGAGAUUCAGUAUGGCGGCCGUGUCACUGACGACUAUGACAAGCGGCUGCUCAACACCUUUGCCCAGGUGUGGUUCAGUGAGCACAUGUUUGAAGCCAGCUUUAACUUCUACAAGGGCUACAGCAUCCCAAAGUGCUCCUCUGUUGACCAGUAUCUUGCAUACAUCCAGAGUCUUCCAGCCUACGACACCCCAGAGGUGUUUGGUCUUCACCCGAUUGCAGACAUAACCUUCCACAGUAAACUGGCUAAAGACGUACUGGACACCAUCCUCAGUAUUCAGCCCAAAGACAGCUCUUCAGGACAAGGGGAGACCAGAGAGGCUGCCGUGUCCAGGCUGGCAGACGACAUGCUCAACAAGCUGCCUCCUGACUACGUGCCAUUUGAAGUGAGAGAGCAUCUUCUGAAGAUGGGUCCUUUCCACCCCAUGAACAUCUUCCUUCGUCAGGAGAUUGAUAGGAUGCAGAAGGUCAUCGUUUUGGUCCGAAACACUUUGACGGAUCUCAAGUUGGCUAUCGAUGGGACUAUAGUGAUGAGCGAGAACCUGAGAGAUGCUCUGGACUCCAUGUACGACGCUCGUAUUCCAGCCCGCUGGAAGAAGGCGUCGUGGGCGUCCAGCACCCUGGGUUUCUGGUUCACAGAGCUGCUUGAGCGGAACCGGCAGUUCCAGGCUUGGAUAUUUGAAGGGCGGCCGAACUGCUUCUGGAUGACAGGUUUCUUCAACCCUCAGGGCUUCCUGACAGCCAUGAGACAGGAGAUAACUCGGGCCAACAAGGGCUGGGCCCUGGACCGCAUGGUGCUUUGUAACGAGGUGACCCGGUGGAUGAAGGACGACGUCACGCAGCCUCCGGCGGAGGGCGUGUAUGUCUACGGCCUCUACCUGGAGGGGGCUGGAUGGGACCGCCGCGGCUCCAAACUCAUCGAUUCCAAGCCCAAAGUCCUCUUUGAGACGAUGCCUGUCAUCAGGUUGUACGCUGAGAACAAUGGUGUGAAGGAUUCCCGCUUCUAUUCCUGUCCAAUCUACAAGAAGCCAGUUAGGAUGGAUGUGAAUUAUAUCGCAGCAGUAGACCUGAAAACUUCCCAAACUCCAGAAUAUUGGAUCCUCCGGGGCGUGGCGCUCCUCUGUGAUGUGAAAUGAUUUUCAUGUUGACACACUGACACAUACAGCCAUCAUACACUUUUUUGAACAUGCAGCAUUAACAGUUGUUCAGCUAUUCUUUAAUUAUGUAUACCCAUUUUAAUCCGAUUCAGGAUCACAAAGUCUAUCAAAAAUGUCAGCGUGUGAAAGGCGGCACAUACCCUGGACAGGUCAUUAGUUCAUUUCAGGGCAACUCAGAAAGAAACAAGCGCACACACACAGUCCUGGGAUCAAUUUAGAAUCAUCAAUUAGGUUAUCAUGCAGGGUUUUGGACUGUCGGAGGAAACUGGAGUACCCGGGGAAAACAUGCAAACUCCACACAGAAAACCUCCCGCUGGGAUUUGAAGCAGGACCUUCUAGCUUGAGGCAACAGUACGAGCUUAUGUUGCUCACUGUUCCGUUAUGAAUCCUGAAAAAACCUUUUACCUGGGGAGAAAAUGAGAGGAGACAG